GCCUCUCACAUACCCUAAAGUAGCUUGAUAGUUUCCAUAUUGCAUAUUCACAUUCGCAGCCUCUCUUACAAAACUCCCUCAGCUUUGUUUUGGAUCUGAGCGAGAGAGGUUGAAAAAAAACUAUUUGCCCGAAUCAUCUAUCAUGAGUUUCCAUAGCUUUUACAAGAGAGCUUUUAGCUUGUUCAAGGCUCACCCUUCUACUUCCAAGCUUCUUCUUCUCAGCACCUUCAGCGGUGGUGGUGUACUGGUGUAUACGGACUCGAGUCCAUUGAGACGUUUAUUACACGCAGACGCAACUCUUGAUGAAAAUGGCCAACCAAUAAGGAAGAAGAAGGUGGUCGUUCUCGGGAGUGGAUGGAGCGGCUACAGCUUCUUGAAUUACUUGAACAACCCUAACUAUGAUGUUCAAGUUGUGUCUCCUCGUAACUUUUUCCUCUUCACUCCUCUCUUGCCAAGUGUUACCAAUGGCACUGUUGAAGCUCGUAGCAUUGUUGAACCCAUUCGUGGUCUUAUGCGCAAGAAAGGAUUUGAGUACACAGAAGCAGAGUGUGUCAAGAUUGAUGCAUCGAACAAGAAAAUCCACUGCCGGUCCAAGGAUGGGUCAAGUCUUAAGGGCACGGCUGAGUUUGACAUGGACUAUGACAUUUUAGUCAUAGCUGUUGGAGCUAAGCCUAACACAUUCAACACCCCUGGAGUUGAGGAACAUGCCUAUUUCCUCAAAGAAGCGGAGGAUGCUCUUAACAUCCGUCAUUCAGUCAUCGACUGUUUCGAGAGAGCCUCUCUUCCGAAUCUAACUGAAGAAGAGAGGAAAAAGAUUCUGCAUUUUGUUGUGGUUGGUGGUGGACCAACUGGUGUCGAGUUCUCAGCUGAGCUUCAUGAUUUCUUAGUCGAUGAUGUGGCCAAGAUAUACCCAAAGGUCCAAGAGUUCACAAGAAUCACUCUUCUUGAAGCAGGCGACCACAUUCUCAACAUGUUUGACAAGAGGAUCACUGCUUUUGCCGAGGAAAAGUUCCAAAGAGACGGUAUUGAUUUGAAGACAGGGUCAAUGGUUGUGGGAGUGACUGCGGAUGAGAUAUCCACAAAGGAAAGAGAAACUGGCAAAGUUGUCUCUGAACCUUAUGGUAUGGUUGUGUGGUCAACAGGAAUUGGUUCACGUCCUGUCAUCAGAGACUUUAUGCAGCAGAUUGGUCAGGGGCAGAGGCGUGUGUUGGCAACUGAUGAAUGGCUUAGAGUGGAGGGUUGCGACAGUGUGUAUGCUUUAGGUGAUACUGCAACGAUCAACCAACGCAGAGUCAUGGAAGAUAUAGCUGCGAUUUUCAGCAAAGCAGACAAGGGAAAUACAGGAACAUUGAACAAGAAAGAUUUCAAUGGGGUGGUGAAAGACAUUUGCCAGAGGUACCCUCAGGUGGAGCUCUACUUGAAGAAGAAUAAACUGAAGAACAUUGCACAGUUGCUCAAGAGUGCAAAUGGUGAGGACACACAAGUAAAUAUCGAAAAGUUUAAGCAAGCCCUCUCUGAAGUGGAUUCGCAGAUGAAGAACCUUCCAGCAACUGCACAGGUAGCAUCACAACAAGGAAAGUACCUCGCAAAGUGCUUCAACCAAAUGGAGAAGUGUGAGAAGAAGCCAGAGGGACCGUUGAGGUUCAGAGGAGAGGGUCGACACAGGUUCCAACCAUUCAGGUACAAACAUUUUGGAUCGUUUGCUCCGCUGGGAGGGGAACAGACAGCAGCUGAACUGCCAGGGGAUUGGGUCUCCAUAGGACACAGCAGCCAGUGGCUCUGGUACUCUGUCUACGCCAGCAAACUGGUGAGCUGGCGCACGAGGAUGCUCGUUAUCUCUGACUGGACUCGACGCUUUGUCUUUGGCCGCGACUCCAGCAGCAUCUAAUCUUGAGCAAAUUCUCUUUUCCCUUCCCCCAUUUUUUGUUCUUUUUUAGUUCUACGGUCAUUCUUGUCUUUUUAUCAAACUCAAAAACCGAAAUCAGAGGGAAUUUUGGAUCUAUCUAUAUACCCUCUCAAGUCUUUAUGUAUGUUUUUUUAAACCGACGAGAUCACAUCGCUCACACUACACAGCCACUUCUUUGUUCCUCUUCCCUUUCUCUGUUUGUGUGGCGGCUCUAUGCUACACAAGAUGCUGAUUGGAUCAAUUUGAAAAUAAAGGAUUUUGACCGUUGGCCAAUAAAUUUGGGACUAUUGGACCUUUCAUUAUAGAUGGCCAUUAGGCGUUUAAUAAGGCCCAAACAUUAGACUCAUCACUAUACUUACUCCCUCUGGUUGAAGUAUCGAUCAGAGCUCUCUGGAUGAUCAACAACAAUCAGGGCGUUGCCUUUGUUUGAGCCCAAGAAGAUGAAUCACUGUGUACUUUUAUAACUUCAUCUCCUUCUACUCUCAAGAAUAGGGUUCGAUACAUAACCGGAGGAGAGCCUCCUUAGCCAGCGCAUCAGCUUGGCGAUUUUGAUUCCGAGGAAUGAAAGUAAAAAGACAGGAAUUAAAGGUAGCAGAUAGAGCUAAGACAUCGUGGAGAGUCCCGUGAAGUUCCUUCUGGAGGUUCUUCUGACAGAGAGCUUGGACUAGCACUUGCGAGUCGGAAGCAAAAGUGAUAUCGGUGAUGCCUGGUUCACUCACAACUCUCAUCGCAGUGAGAGUUGCCAGUGCUUCGGUCAUCAGGGGGGAUCCUACAUCGAUCGCGGAAGCAGAUCCUUGCAGCUGGGUAGCGUCAGAUUGGUCUUUUAUAAUCCACCCGUACCCCGCCUUUUCAUUUUCCUUCCACGAGACAUCCGUGAAACAGGUCAGAGUCGGGGUUGAUCUAUUGGUUGUUGGAGAUUUGGGUGCCUUGACAGGUUGCGGGAUGAUUGAUUGAGCAAUUUGCCACUCUCUAGCUCUAAUCAGGGCUAUGAGCACUGUGUCUUCCUCCAGGAUUUUUUUCUUACUGAAGAUCAGUUGGUUGCGAGUGGUCCACAGAGACCAGAAUAUCCAUGGAGAGAUAGGUCCCAGAGCUAAUCCCGAGGGUGGUAAGCAUACGAGCUCUUUUGCUUUCUUAAUACCAUCCUUUAUUGUCAAGGUAGAAUCAGAGAGGAAAGGGGUUUUAACUGGUACCUUGGCCCAUAUUCGUCGAGAAAACUGACAGUGGAGAAAUAGAUGUGACACGGUUUCCUCUUCUCCACAGUGGGGACAAUGAUCUGAGUCUGUGAUAUGUCUGUAUUUCAGGUUUUCUCCGACUGGGAGGGCGUUCUGUGCUGCUUUCCAUAGGAGGAGCUUGUUUUUUUGAGAUGUCUUUGUUGCCCAGAUAUCGGAGUUCCAGCUGAAAUUGUCUUGGCUAGAAGAGAGUAGGUUGAUGGAGUCCGCGGGUUCAAACUCCAGUUUUGAAGCUUCAAUAUACCCUGAUUUAGCAGAGUAUAUACCAUUAGGUGUAGGUAGCCAAGCCCAAAUAUCUGGAGCCCCAUUUGCACUUGGUCUGAGUUUGAGGAUCUCCUUUUCAUGGUGUGGGAUGAUAUGACGUAUUUGUUCAAGGUUCCAGUCACAUGUUCCUGGUAGUAGAAGGUCAGCGACUUUAAGAUUCUGAUGGGCUUCCGCUGGAGGUCCCAUUGGGGCUUGUGGGGAAGACAAGGAGAGCCACGGGGUUUGCCAUAGAGGGAUUGAGGAGCCGGAACCCACUAGCAUCCCCAGUUUUUGAAUAAUAAGAUCCCGACCUAGACAGAUACUUCUCCAGCCAUGAGAGGCAGAGUUUUGAGCAGGGCAUUCAAGUAGGGACACCGAGUGACAAUAUUUUCCCAACAGAACUCUAGCAAGGAGACAAUUGGGUUUUGUGAUCAAUCUCCAGCUGAUCUUUGCCAGUAAAGCUUUAUUAAAGGUCUGUAGGUCUUUCAAGCCUAGACCCUCGCUCUUGAUAGGUUUUGUCAUCUUCUUCCACGCCAACCAAGACAUCUUUUUCUUUUCAGUACUAGCAUCCCACCAAAAACGAGUGAGCGCAGAAUUGAUGCAUUUGAAGAGAGAAGCAGGGAGAUGGAAGCAAGACAUGGUGUAUGAAGGCAUAGCAGUGAGGACCGAUUUAAGCAUAGUUAGUUUUCCGGCUGUGGAUAAGAAUCUGGAAGACCAGCUGAGUGCUCUCUGUUUUAUGCGGUCAACAAUGGAGGCAAAGAGGUCCUUCUUUUUCCUGCCAAACAGUUCCGGUAAGCCAAGGAUACUGCGUAGCUUUGCACAGCUGUGAUGAUCAGAGCGGAUAAAAAACAUAGUAUCGUCAGCGAAGAGGAGGUGAUUCACUCUUGGACUCUUCUUUGCGACUUUCAGACCAGGAAGGGUGCCUUGUGCUUGAGGAUUUAGACAGAGGCGAGAGAGAACUUCGCUAUACAGAUGAUGAAAAUAUAAGGAGACAGGGGAUCACCUUGGCGGAUUCAUAGUGUUUUUGGACAGAGGUAGGGGAUCGUCUCACCGUCGAGAGAGAUCUCGAGUCAUUGUUCAUGUUUGCAAAGGAUAUUUUCCUUUGGUUGAAACUAGGGAAAGGAGGUUGACUCUUGCCAGAGACUUGUGAUUGGUUUCGAGGGGGGAGGAAGUUAUCCUGAGGCCCGGGCAUUGGGAUUUAUCGUGGGUCAGUCUCAAACAGUGAGAGCAAUGAUUCUUAAGGUUUUUGUAUUCCAACCAGAUAACAGCUUCACUACCAUCCGGGAAUUCGAUAAUGGUCUCCUUCGUGAUGGGCUCCAGGCCAUUGAGUAAGAUCUUGAGAUGUAUGCAUGUAGAAGAGAUUUCCCAUUCCAGAAUUUCACCCAGUGCUUCCCCAAUGGAGUGGACCAUUUCCUUUUUCCAGUAAUGCUUAGGUAGUCCCUGGAUUUCUAGCCAGAACGGUAGGGAAGAAGGGAAAGAUGGAGAGAUAACUGGUUCCCAUCGCUGUAUGAUGAUCAUCCACUGAUCGAAGUGGUAAGGUCUGUUCGCCAGCACUUGCAUAAUAUCCUCCUCUAGAUCAAAUUUAAAUGGGAAAACACCUUGUCCCAGAUCAGCUCCCGUUGCUUUCCCUCGUAGAUUCCACCUGUUGAUAAGAAAAAGGAAGAGAGCCCACAUUCUUUGUCCGGCUGGGUUGGUGAGUCUUCCUAUGAGAGUAAGAGAGUUUUCACGGAUUAGAUCCGAGGUAUCUACUUCCGGAGCUUUUAUCCGUUUACAUGGGGGUGGAGAAAAACCUUUCACAGGCUCCUUGCCUUUGAGGUGAUAAGGGAUGCGAUUUGACAUGUUUGUAGAUUGGAAACAAGGAGAUAUGGAUAAAAGGUGACCGUUUGUGCCGAAGUUUUGAAAACAAGAUGAAAGGCGGUGAAACGAAAGCUCACAGGUGCUUGAUCCUCACGGUAACUAGAGUAAAUGCAGGAAAGAACGUCGUUGGGGACGUUUUGUUGGGUCGAAGUUAAUGCUUUGGAUCAGAUCUGGAGGUGGCCGAGGUUGGAGAAGGGUAGCAAACGUGAAGAACAGCUCUCAUGAUUGCAAAUGUCCAGCGGGUAAAGGCUUGGGGGUUCCUAUUGGAGGAUAGAAGUGGUUGAGAUCUGGAUAAUAGCUUGCUUCAUACUUUCUCGGGGAAGGUGCCUGGGAGAGUUUUCAGUUUUUGCGCUAGCUUUUGCUUUUUUUCGUCUGAGUAUUGUUGGGCCUUUUUUUUGUUAUUUUCAUAAAAUAGAGGGUUUUAUUUGUAAUAAAUUCGCUAUCUUUCGGUUAUUUUAGUUUUCUGAUUUUGUAAAA